AAAGGGCGGGGAGUUCAAAAGGAUCUUCAAAAAAUUUCAACUCUCAACCUUUCGUCUUCGAGCCCUAGAUCAAUCAAUCCCAUCUUCCCGCCCUGAAAAACAAGAAAUAAAACCCUUAGAUUCGUAAAUGAACUCAUCUGGGGUUUGAAAAAAUCUUGCAUAAUGGCAGGAUGGUUAAAGGUAACAGAUGGGUCUGCAUUAGAUUGUUUUAGAAUCAUAGAAGAAGUUCUCAAAAAUGGGUUUUCGUUAAAAUGUGAAGAUAUUGAUGGUAAGCUUACGAAAUUGUUCAAUCAAAUUGUUUCUAGGUUUUUGAAGGAGAUCUGUGAUAGUGGUUGUUUUAGGCCUUUGCCUCCAAUGCUUGGUGAUGGUAAACCUAUUGAUUUGCUGAGACUUUACUUAUCAGUGAGAGAAAAAGGUGGGUAUGAAAGUGUUUCUAGAAAUGGUUAUUGGGAUUUGGUUGCUGAGGAUAUCGGGUGUGAUUCGAAUGCUUCUGCAAGUUUGAAGGUUGUUUAUGUGAAGUAUCUUGAUUUAUUGGAUGAAUGGUUUGCUAAAAAUGUUGAAGAUAAUAAUUCAGGAAAUGGGUCAUCAUGUUUCAAUGAUUUGAUGCUUGAUUCUAGUCGUUCCACAAAGCUCUUUUUGGAUGUUGAGAUGAAAGAUUAUAAGGAAUUUGUGGGUACUUGUGUGGAAAGAGGAUUGGAUGUUAAAGAUUUGCAGAGUUGUGUUGGGUUUGUUGGAGGUAAGGAUUGUAGUGAAGGUGCGAAGAAGAGUGAUAGUAGUGGAAGAGAUAGUGUGGUUAUUGAGUCGGUUGUGGGGACUAACGAAGAAGAAAAUGAGUCAAGUCGAAAGAGGAAAAGAGAGCGGUAUUUGCCAUUGUUGGAUUGGGUGAAAAGGGUAUCGAAAGAUCCAUGUGAUCCUGCAAUUGGGUCUAUGCCGGAAAGGUCUAAAUGGAAGGUUUAUGGAGGUGAGCAUGUAUGGAAGCAGGUUUUAUCGGCUCGAGAAGCAAUGCUUUUGAAGAGUAAUGUUGAUUCGAAGAAAAUAAUCAUUUGGCAGAAGAAUCUUAGGAUGGUUCCUGCAAUGUAUGAUGAUCAAAGGGAGAAAUCGACAUCAAGAUGCAGCCAAAGGCUAAUUUCUGCUAGAGAAACUCAAUCGACCGUCCCUUCAAGAAAACCGCAGCCUCAAGAUUGCUCAGAAUCGUCAUCCAACAGCCCAAGUGACCGAGAAGAUGAAGAUUAUUUUUGGGGUUGCAACUUUAAGCGAAAACGAACCCCAUUGGGCCGAUGUUUUCAAGCAAAAGUACCCGAGUGGACCGAACAGACUUACGAACCCGACACCAAGUGGCUCGGCACGCCAGUUUGGCCACUUGAAAAAACCGAAACAAGAAGCAGUCUGAUCGAGCUAGAACGUGUCGGAAAGGGACGGCAAGAUUCUUGCGGCUGCCAGUUUUCGGGUUCGUUAGAAUGCAUACGGUUUCACGUUUCCGAGAAACGUAACAGGGCGAAACUGGAACUGGGGUCCGCAUUCGCGAAAUGGAAGUUCGACGAUAUGGGUGAGAAUGUUGCACUCAAAUGGGCUCCAUCUGAAGAAAAGAAGUUUGAGGAUAUUAUAAAGUCGACCCCUGCUUCUUCGGGUACAAGCUUUUGGGAUGAACUUUCGAGCCAUUUCAAGAACAAAACUAUGGCGGUUAUGGUUAGUUACUAUUUCAACGUAUACCUUCUUAGACGUAGGGCCCACCAGAACCGGUCAGAUCCGAACAAUAUCGAUAGCGAUGAUGAUGAGCUCGAGAAGGUCGGAAAUGAAGCAAGCAACAAUAAUGCUACAGGAUCCAUCUUAUGCUCCCCGAAGAAGGUGCAACGAAACGCCAGAUGAUGUAAGUUGGUUCGUUUUUCAUGUAAGUUGGUUCGUUUUUCUUGAAUUUUGCGCGUUUUUGUUAAGAGAUUUUGGCUCGAGGGUCGACCGAAAACAAACGGAACUCA